AUGUCGAGCAUCAAAAAAUGGCAGGAAAUUAGGGACGAAGACCUCAGCCCGGAAAUAGUUGACGAGACGCUUGAAGAUAUCCCUGAUGACGUUUGGGUUACUGCUGCGUGCGCGGAACGCGUAUUGAACAAACCAGACGUCACUCAAGUACUGGUCAAAACAGGACUUAGACAUAGUGCACGUGCAAUCGAAUCAACUAAGGGCUCGUUAGUUUCCUAUGAACACGUCGGAGAGGACGGAGAGUUAGAGGGUAGCCCAGAACAGCGACUGGUAUCCUACUUUCAAACUCACGAACGCGAGCGCAAACUCUGUAUCCUACGUCGACUCCUUCUUGAACGUUUAGAUCGCAUUCAGACAUAUCUUACAAUUUCCAAUGUUUGGAAACCGGGCGGUCUAGAGGAGGCCUCGCAGCCACCAGAAGAAGAGGAAGAAGACCCAUGGGCAGAUCCAGAUGAAGAGAUGCCUCCAGUAGAAGAAGAAGA